AUGCAUAGCACAUUGGCAGCAAUAGUAAAGAACAAUAUUGAGUACAAAAUUUUACCUUUUCAAUUUUUUUUACUAACUUUUUUGGGAAUAUGGUGCCCAAGUAAUUGGUCACUAAAAUCUAAGACUGCUCAUAAUGUAUACUUCACUUUCAUAUUUUUUUUAGAUUUUCUAAUUUGCAUAGAAAUGUUUAUUCAUUUUGUAUCAAGUUUUGGUACUGAUAAUUUUAAACUAAUCAACUUUUUUCUUGUAAGCGCGAACAUAACGGCAGUUUACAAAUCUAUAAGAUUAAUGCAAAAUAGAGAAGUUCUGAGGUAUUUUAUUAUAAGUUAUUUUGACUACGAGUGGACUAAAUCACACGAUUCAGUAGAACACGAAAUUAAUUCAAAAAUCGAUUUGAGAAUAAGACGAGUUACCGUUAUUUAUUCUGCUUCUAUGAUAGGAAUAGUUUUAUUAAAAGCCAUGUCGCCAAUAGCAGAAUCAAAUGGUAUAUCUUUGCCAGUAGAUGCCUGGUACCCAUAUUCUAUCGAAAAAUCGAGAUGGUUUUGGAUUACUUAUUUACAUCAAGUAAUUCUUGGCUCUUCAGCGGUCGGCGCUCACAUUGGAAUAGACACUUUAUUUGUUGGUUUGUUGUUAAAAACUUCUGGACAAAUACAUUUACUUAAUUAUCGAUUGAGAAAUUUAAUGCUACUUAAAGAAUGCAAUUUCGCGAAGCUCAAAGAAUAUUCAGAAAAGAACGUAGUCUUACGUUGUAUAUACCAUCAUAAACGUAUCUACAGAUUUGGAGGGGAUCUGAAUGAUAAAUUUCAGGAAAUUCUCUUUAUUUUAGUAGUUUCUUCUUUACCAAACAUAUGUAUAAAUGUUUAUUCUCUAUCUUCUUACAAGGGUAAUAUAAAUGUUCAGUACAUAGCGACUAUCUUCAGUACAACAUCCGCAUUGUUGCAAUUUUUCAUAGCCUGUUGGUAUGGCAAUGAAACAACUUUCGAUAGUUUACAAGUGAUAAAUGCAGUUUAUGAAAUGGACUGGACCAAUUUUCACGUAUCGACAAAGAGGCUUCUUAUUUUUAUAAUGUUAAGGGCAUCAAAACCACUUAAAUUUUCAGUUGCGUACAUUAUCCCUAUGAAUCUAGACUCAUUUAUAAAAAUCAUUAAAGCUUCAUACACAGCAUUCAAUUUACUCCAGCAAACAACAAAUUAA